AUGGCUGUUGAAGAAGAGGCUGCACCUACAAAAUACCAAAAUUUUGAAGCAGAAACUGAUGAGGAAAGAGUUGGAAAAGCUGUUGAAAUAUCGAGUCAAUAUUACGAGAAAUAUGAGCCCCCAGAUGGAGGAAGGGCUUGGCUAAUAGCAGUUGGAGCUAUGUUUUCUCAUUUUGCAACUUGGGGAACAAAUGCUAGUUAUGGUGUCUUUUUGAGUUUUUAUAUAUCUCAUAAUACCUUUGUAGAUGCUACAGAUAAUGAUUUUGCAUUAAUUGGAAGCAUAGUUGUUUUUCUAGGCCAAUUUCUAGCACCAUGGGCCUCUAUUGCAGCCAAUUUAUUUGGUACAAAAACUGUGAUAGGUAUUGGUGUAAUUCUUCAAACAGCUGGUUUCUUAUUGGCAUCAUUUGUGACAAAGCUUUGGCAAUUAUACUUAACUCAAGGACUUUUGGUAGGAAUCUCCUUUUCUCUAAUUUUUAUUCCUGCAAGCCUUACCAUUCCAACGUGGUUUUUAAAAAGACGAGCUACUGCAAUGGGAAUCACGGUAAGUGGUGGUGGAUUCGGAGGACUUAUUUUUUCAUUAAGUGUUAACAAGAUGCUUGGAGACAUGAACGAUCAAAAAUGGGCACUUCGGAUGAUUUGUUUCGUUACCCUCUUUGCUGGUUUAAUUGUAUUUAUUGUGGUAGAACCAUAUAAGCCUUUAAGCAAAAAGUACGAUGACUCGAAUAAAAAAGAGCAGUUUAGAAAAUCAUUAACAUUGAUUUUUGAUAAAGAUGUUUUUAAAUCAAUUUAUAUGGGUGUGUUUUCAUUAUGGUAUUCAAUUUGUCAACUUGGGUAUAUUCUUAUGCUCUUUACAGUUUCACCCUAUGCGAACCUGGUGGGUCUUUCAUCCCAGCAAGGUGCAGUUCUUACGGCUUUGCUUAAUACUGGUCAACUAAUAGGUAGACCAUUUUUGGGGUAUUUAGCAGACAAAUUUGGGCAUUGUAACAUUGCGGCAAUUAUAAAUUUAAUCAUUGCAAUCAUGUUAUUAGCAUUUUGGAUUAAUGCAGAUAAUUAUGGAUCUUUGAUAGCAUUCGUACUUGUAUUAGGAGCUAUAAUUGGAGUUGGAAUUGUAAUGGGGCAACCAUUAGCAGCGGAUAUAGUUGAAGAUUCCUAUAAAAUACCUGCAGCAUGGUCGACUGUUAAUAUCCUGGCACUGUUUCUUUGCUUAGUUGCGGAAAUUAUAGCACUAUCUAUGAGAGAUAAAUCAAGCAGGAGACCUUACUUACCUACCCAAAUUUUUUCCGGGGCAUGUUUUUUUGCUUGUUUCGUUCUUUUAUUGGUUAUUAGAGAAUUCUUGAUACGGAAGAGCCUAAAAAUAGAAUAUGGGGAAUUACACUUGUAUUUGGACAACCUAGGAAGUGAAGCAAAUGUGGUAAAAGGAAAACCAAAUUAUGAAGAUUACAAGAAUGUAAGUAAGAAUGAAUUAGCGAGUAAGCUUAAUUCGUAUGAGCAUAUUUUAAAGCCUUCAAUAACAUGUUAUAUCUGGCGUAUAUUUUAUUUUAGAAAAGUAUGA